UUCGCUUCGUACAGUUCUUGAUAGAGUAGAGGUUAGUAGCAAGUUGAAUGUAUCCGUGAAGGAUUUAAGUGUAAGUUAAUUUAUAGCUCCAAUUUAAGGAUUAGAAUUUUCUUAUUUCUACUUUUUAAUUACCGUUCAAUCUAUUUUGAAAUCUAUCUUUGAAAUCUGACUGAAAUCUAUAUUGUGAAUUAAGUUAAAAGGAAACUUCUGGUGUACAUUUUCCUCUCCAUUAACAUGGUAUAUGCGACUUCCGUGGCAGAAAUCUUCCAUACAUUUUAUGAAUAAUCCUUCUCGAUAAUAAUUUAAUUUACAUCGUCUUUAUAUAAAUGGAUGCAUUGAUAAAUAAACGCAAAUCACUGAGAUUUUCAUUUUUAUUGAAAGCAAAAAGACUGGAACAAUAUUUAACGACUGAUGCGAAGAAUGCCGAUAAUUUGCAAGCGCUCAGUUCUCAGCUCGCUUAUGCCUAUUCUCGUUUGGAACAAGUUCAAACAAGAAUUUCAAACUUUCUUCUGGAAGAAAAAGAAUCUGUUGCUCAAUAUGCUGAAGAUUUCAAAUCAACUGAAAAAUACCGAGAUAUGUAUAUUGAACUAAACUCUAAAGUGGAAAAUUAUUUAGCAAGCAGUGCAAAUUCUACUUGUGGACAAAAGACAUUUUCGUUUUCAUUAGCAGCAAAAAAUUUAGAACAACAUUUGGAGAUUAUUACAAAGAAUUCAGACAAAUUAAGUUCCUUAACAUCUCAACUUGAUGACAAGUUUUAUCGUCUGGGUGAAAUUCAGAGUCAAAUUAAGAUGCUACUUUCAGAAGAAAAUGACUCUGUUGUUGACCACUCCGAAAAAUCUGAAUACUCCGAACAGUUGAGAUUUGAAAGAGAUAUUUUGUUGUACCAAAUUUACUUUAGAGAUAUGUUUUUCGUAUUCAUAUUUUUGCUGAUAAAAACUGGUCUUUCCCGACAAGAUUUCACUGAUUUGAAAACUUUCUAUGAGUUGAUAGAGUCCAAGCUAGGGACCUUCAAAAAUUGGGACGUAUUUGAAGAGAAAUUUGAUUCAUUAGAGCAAGAUGUGGAUUUAUACCUGAAAAAAAAUAUGCUACAAGCUUGGAAUGAAAUUUGUGAUGCCAUUGAUGAUAAAAUCUGGUUCUUGAAUAUUUUUAUGCAUUUCUCGGUUAAUAUUCUAAUUCUACAUACUUCCGUCAAAGAUUUAAUUUAAUGUUUGUCAUGAUUGAUAAUUGGAUGGAACUGUUGACAUUGCCAAUUUGUUAUCAAUCGACAUAUCUCGAUUCUUAUCCGCUAAUGCACUGGGUGUUGCCUAGGAAAAACUUUUCCAA